AUGAGUAAGAGCAAAGCCAAGCCCAACAAAGAGAACCAAACUCAGCAUGAGGAAGACACAGAUGACGAUAACCCCCUCCCUCCGCCCAAAAAGGGAAGCAAAAAGAACAAGUCUGGUAAAAAAGUCGCUGGCAAGGCCACAAAAGCCCCCCUCAAGCGCCACAAGGACGAUGAUGGCAUUCCUGUUGAUAUUGAGGAGGAAGAGGAUGAAGAUGAGGUAGAUAUGGAUGAGACUGACCGGGUCAAACGCGACAAGACACUAAAGUCUGUCAAAGCAAAGCUCCUCCCGCAAAAUGGGAGCCCCAAGAGGCAUGAGAAGUCGAAGCACAAGCACCGUAAGCAUAAGAAGUCAAAGAAGCUGAUCACUCAACCGAAGGGCACAUGCGGAAAGGACUACCACCUUGUUCAGGCAAUGGGGCUGGCCCCAGGUGCUGAUGAGAACUGGUCAAAGACGGAGAUCCAGGAAAAGAAGUUAUUAUACAACUCACUGAGGUCCGGCGUACAAGAACUCAGCCAAAAGGCACAUAUGGACUGGACGCUUGGAAUCAAGAAGCAGCCGGUCGAUGUCGUGGGAUCUUUGUGCUCAAUGGCUCAAGCGGAGAUGCCUUACCUGGGGCUGUUCAAGAACCAUUGGGCGACUGUCCAGAUACUGAUAUCACAGUGGAUGAACAAAAGGGACUACAACAUUCGUAAGACCAAGUUGUUGCAGCCGGUGAAGGAUGCCAAAGGCAAGCGGAUCGGGCUCAAGGACUUACGUAAGAAAGCUGUUGGUAAAGUCUCGCCUGCCACAGAAGAGCAACGUCGGGCAGAAGCCCUCUUCAACCAGGCCAUCAAGUCUGCUAGUGAUCAUGGAUGGAAGAAACCAGCUGAUCCCAGCAGCAAUGAGGACGAUGACGAUGACGACAACGACAACGAUGAGGAAGAGGAGAGGGAGGAGAGGGAGGUUGUGUUCCUAGAGGAGGACAGCAGUGAUGGAGAGGAGCCAUCUUCUGAUGAAGAAGGGAGAAGCCGCAAAAGCAAGCGUAAGUCCCCAGUGAAGAACAAGAGAAAGGAGACCAACAAGGGCCGUACGGAUGAGGUGGAGGACCCAAGGCACCAGAACGCCAAUAUGGUGAACCGCACCCUAGAGGAACGGAGCGACAGUAACACCCCCAAGGAUGCACCGUCCCAGGAGCCCCAGUCCUCAGCCCGGGAGGAGUCAAACAUCGACCCCCAGCUGAACGCGAGCCGCAAUUCCCAGGACACGGAGAUUGUCCGUAUCGACACACCCGUGAGCAAGGGGCCUCCCAGACCUCGUCCUCUCAAGCGGAAGGCUCCCGAGAUCGUACCAUCGGAGCCCACCUCCCCCAAGCGUAGCCGGAACGUCAAGGAGGAGCUCAUGCAGCUUGCUGAUGGUUUGGAUGACGAUCUUCUGCACCAGUUGCUUCUAGCCGCCAAGGGCAAGAAGAACAGCACACCGGAUGCCUGA